GCUUUCCAUACAAUGAAAAUUCAUUUUUCUUUUGUGAAAGCAACAAAUAAAUUUUUAUAGUCAACAAACCUGUUUGUAGAGUGUACGCCAACUUGUUAUCAAAAACUGAGUAUCAAUUCCAGUGAAUAUCAUCCACAACUUUCCCCUCGCAUUCACAAACUGGAACAAGAAGAAGAAAAACCAAAACACCAACCUACUUCAACAACAACAACAUGAAGGAAAAACAACGUGCCUUUCCCAAAAAAUCAAAACCCAUUUCCCAAAGAAUAUCAUUGGAUAAUGAAAUCCAACAAUUGCAAUCCCAAUACGAGUCGCUGUCAACCAAGGAUCUAGCUACAAUAAAACGUUUUCAUGAUUUCCCAUUAUCACAGAAGACUAUAAAGGGUUUGGUCGAUGCAAAAUUUUCUCAGCCCACUGACAUCCAACGUGAGAGCAUAGGUCCGGCACUUCAGGGCAAGGAUGUUUUGGCGGCUGCUAUUACAGGAAGCGGGAAGACUUUAGCCUUUCUCAUACCAGUUUUGGAACAUUUGUUCAUUUCCAAAUGGACACGCACCGAUGGCGUGGCUGCAGUUAUCAUAUCUCCCACCAGAGAGUUGGCUUACCAAAUAUUUGAAACAUUAAAAAAAGUGGGAAAAUAUCAUGAUUUUUCUGCCGGCUUAAUUAUUGGAGGAAAAAAUUUAAAAUUCGAACGCACCCGCAUGGAUCAGUGUAAUAUACUGAUAUGUACUCCAGGCCGCUUGCUACAACAUAUGGAUGAAAAUCCCAUUUUCAAUGCAUCUACAAUGGAGGUUUUGGUUUUGGACGAAGCUGAUAGAUGUCUGGAUAUGGGAUUCGAACAAACCUUAAAUGCAAUCAUAGAAAAUUUUCCACCUCAAAGGCAAACUUUACUAUUUUCGGCCACACAAACAAAUUCAGUGAAGGACUUGGCACGUCUGAAUCUAAAUAACCCGGUUUUAAUAGGUCAUCCUGAUACCAAGGUGGAAGCUGGCAAAACCCAGCUCUCAAGUGUUAAAGUAGUGCCAGAUUUAUUGCAACAAAACUAUGUGGUAAUAGAGCUGGAGGACAAAAUCACAAUGCUAUGGUCGUUUAUUAAGAAUCACUUGAAACAGAAAAUCAUCGUAUUUCUCUCGAGUUGCAAACAAGUCAAGUAUAUCUUUGAAAUAUUUUGCAAGCUAAGACCGGGCACAAGCCUACUGGCUUUAUAUGGUACACUACACCAAGACCGCAGAAUAGCCAUCUACAAUGAUUUUGUAAAGAAAAGCAAUGUGGUGCUGUUUGCCACUGAUAUAGCAUCUCGGGGCUUGGAUUUUCCUUCUGUUAAUUGGGUAGUUCAGCUGGAUUGUCCUGAGGAUGUUACACAGUAUAUACAUCGUGCUGGUCGCUCAGCGCGCAAUAAGGCCAGAGGUGAGUCUCUGUUAGUUUUACUGGCUUCCGAAGAGGAAGGCAUGGUAGAGGAGCUCGGCCAUAAAUCAAUUACCAUACGGAAAAUACUCAUAGAUCCCAAAAAGUUAUUUUCACCUCGAGCUAAAAUUGAAGCCUAUUUGGCACAAAAUCCUGAGCUUAAGGCUUCAGCUCAGCGUGCAUUUGUUGCUUACAUUAAAUCUGUAUUUCUGAUGAAAAACAAAAAUAUCUUCAAGGUAAUGUCCAUGAAUUUUGAUGCAUAUGCCAAAUCGUUGGGCCUUGUGGUAACACCGCGUGUACGUUUCUUAGAUCGCUUCUUGAAGAAACAAAAUCAGCAAAACAAAUCUGAGCCUCUAAGCGACUCCGAAAAUGAAAGAGAAGUCAAAACAAAACCAAAUGCGAGCAUGUCUCUAUUUGAGACUUCCAAAAGUGAUUCUGAAUCAGAUGGCGAGGACUUUAUCAAGAUCAAAAGAGUUAAUCAUGAUAUAAAAGGAAACCAAAACUCAGAUGGGGAGCAGGAUGAACUUGGUGAUCUGCCUCCACCUGUUUUAAGGAAAAAAGAAAAACUCAUCACCAAAGCGGCCUUAGCCAAGAAGGCGCUAAAGAAAAAUCUUACCAUUAACGAAAAAGUUAAAUUUGACGAAGAGGGCAGGGAAAUAGCUGAUUCUCGCAAACAGUUGCAAUCGGAAUUGGCCAAGGAGUAUGAGAGCAAAGUUAACACAACUGGCGGUAUAGACAUAGAAAUGGCCAAACAACUGUUGCAGGAAGAAGAUAAAUACGACAAACAACGUUUCCGUUCUUUGGUUAAACAAAAACAUAAAAAACUAAAAGAAAAGCUUAAAAGGCAAGACGAAGAAGAAGCUGCUGUGGAUGCGGAAGACAAUGAUGACGACGGUGGCGAGUAUAGCGAAGGUGAAAGCGAAAAUUCUGUUGAUUUAUCAUGGCUUCCAGACCCGAAUAAAAUUUAUAAAAAUGAAUCUAAUUCUGAAGAGGAAUCAGAUGAGGAAACAAAUUCGAGAAAAGGUAAUAAAUUUUCGAAAAAACUUCAAAGAAGGCGGCAAGACUCCAGUGAGGAUGAUCAUGAUGUUGUAAAUGAAAGUGAUGAUGACUUUGCCGAACCUGUAAGAAAGAAGGCCAAUGUUACAUCAAAACUUACACUAGAUGAUGCAGAAAUAAUAGCGCAACAGUUAUUGGGUAAUGGCAUGUGAGAACAUUUCCAAUUACUUCUAAAAACAAAAAUAAACAUAAAAUAAAAACAAAAAUUUCUCGUUAAUUUUUAUAAAA